CGCCAGUACACUGAGGCCUGGGACAAGGAUAAGACCACGAUUCACGUCAUGCCUGACACUCCAGAGAUCAUCCUGUCCAAACAGAACAAGAUCAACACCAGUGAGAAACAAUACAAACUUGCUAAUGAAGAGUCCAAGAAGAAGGGUUAUGACCUGCGUGCCGAUGCCAUCUCAAUCAAGGCAGCCAGAGCCUCCAGGGAUAUCGCCAGUGAUUACAAAUACAAGGCAGGCUUCCGCAAGCAAACCGGACACCACAUUGGAGCCCGCAGCAUCAAAGACGACCCCCUACUUCUCCUGGCUUUACACUCAGCCAAGAUCGCUAGUGACGCAGAGUACAAGAAGGAAUUUGACAAGUCCAAGACUAAGUUCCACCUGCCGGUAGACAUGCUGUCCUUUGAGUUGGCUAAGAAAAACCAGAUCCAGGUCACGACAGCGACGACAAAAGGGCAUGCAGUGCACAGAU